GUUGGGACCAGCACCGCAUCGCCCAAGCACCCGCACGACGUUACAGUCACAUUUGGAGUGGCAAACCUAAAGAGGGUUUUUAGGGCUUAUAAUGAGUCUUGUCUGCACCAGCCUAGGUGCGGUUGCUGCACACCCAAAUUCCCAUUUCCUUCACCCAUUAUGCUUUGGAUGAAAAGGACUCAAGACAAUAAGAAUGAAAAGGAAAAACAAAGAGGACUUAUAUUGCUUGGGAUGAUAACGACAUUUCCUCUACUGAAGAAUCACAAGAAGAUGAAGAAGUAA